CUGACCCCCGAAGCCUUCGCGCCAUUCGGGGAAGUUAUUGAAUCGUUUGAGGAAGCCGAACCGGAGAUAGCAAAAGGGGGACUCCGUUCAGCUGCAUAUCCCGUGACCGCGGACCUUUCUGAGGCAUCUGCGGACUCCGAACCCGAAAAAACGCCGCUCUCCGAAGGGCUGCAACGGGCGCACUUCGCCUUUCAUACCGACGCAGGUCAGGCGUUCUAUCCAAGCCUGCACCAGCCAACAGUGUUCCUGGUCGGUUCUGUCAAGGACACUCUAGAGGCUGAAGAUGUGCGUGCCUUCUAUUCGGAUGGGAGCACAGGGGUCUGUCUGGGUCUCAAGGUGUGGCACACCAUGCCUAUCUGCGUUGAGGGCACCGAUGUCUACCAAACAGUUCGUGGCGAUCAGGACUAUCACGCCCAUUCGGUUGAAGUCGAUUUCGAUCUGGAGCAGGGGCUGGCUAUAGAACCGGAUUUAGAAAAUUAUACCUCGUAG